UACCCCUGGUUCCUUGUCAGCUCCACCUUUCAAUGUCCUUGUCCAAUUCCAUUGUACUCUUGAAUAAAAGACAGUUACCCCUGUGAAGUGUGAACUUCAAAUUGCACUGCACUCAACAUGAAGGAUUAACCCCUCCAUGAGAAUUGAGAUAGGUAGCGUUCAUCAGAUAAAGAUGGGGAACUGUCAAGCAGCGGAGGCAGCAACGGUUGUGAUUGAGCACCCGGGAAAUAAGAUCCAGAGGAUCUACUGGUCGGUUAGUGUUGACCAGAUCAUGAAGUCCAACCCUGGUCAUUACGUGGCUCUUGUUAUUUCCUCACCCAAUGCCACGCCCUUGAAGCAACUCAAGCUUCUUCGCCCCCACCAUACUUUGCACAUUGGCCACGUUUACCGCUUGAUCACUUUUCAAGAUGUCAUGAACCAGUUUGCUACCAAGAGAUGUGCUAAACUCGGUAAGUUGCUCAAGGAGAUUCAGACCAAGCACAAACACUCUCUACGUCCCAAUCCUAGUACCGAUAAGGUUGAACAGGAGGUUAACAAAAUGGGAAGCUAUGGCGGCGAGAGCAAAAAUAACAAAGGCAGCGGAAGGCAUUUUGGUGGCCAAUGGAGGCCGGCUUUACAGAGCAUUUCGGAAAUUGGAACUUGAACACACUUGCAUUGCAUUCUCAUGACUUCAACAAACGCCAACCUUCCUACAUAUUCUUCACGCUUUCCAUUAUCCUAUCCUUGAUGAUUACUUGUGUAGUUGUGUUAUAUUUCUAUGCAUAGCACUCUCUUUGGAGUUUGGAAGGACAUGUAUAAAUUGAGUAACGCGGUAUCUUUUUACAA